AUGAGGAACUGGAAAGAGCAGUUUGCAGACAAGGUCUCCCGCUCCUCCUGCUACGUAGAGGAACUCUGCGGAAACCGCCCCUGCUUCGUUCAAGCAAACCUUGGCCUCGGGGACGGCACGCGUGGGUUCACGGCGUUGAAACCUCCCAAGGACCUCGUCCUCUUCGACGAGUUCCAGUGCGAGGACGACGACGUCUCGGUCAGCUCAUCCAACAGCGAGGAAAGCAGCGAAUCUUUCAGCUUGAACCUCUCCGGAGGGAGGGAUGAAGCGGCGAACACUAGCUCGAGCUCGCGGCAGAUCCUGGCGGAUGAGUACGUCUUUCUGACGGAGGAGCGAGGUUCGUUCUCACUUCAGACGGGCGCACCCUCCGUCAGCCAAGGGGAAGCGACAGGAAGGGAGGAGGGUCAGUGGGGAGGAGCAACAGGGGCGAAAGUGGUGGAGGGUGGGAGGGAGCUUCAGUCGAAGGAAGACAGGCAGCAAGACAUGAGCAUACCUGCAGAUUUUGCCGUCCACCAGUCCGACCGCACCCCUUCUUACCGAGCCGAGGGUGCCGUCGGAGGAUCAGCCCGGGAGCGCAGGAGACAAGCUCUACCUGCAGCCUGGCGCAAGGGAGAACGGCUGCCCCACGUGAUGGAGGCGAUCAGGGUGAACAAGGAGAACGUGAACAACAACGACCGGGAGUUUGCCAUCCCUGCUGACGUCUCGGUCUCGGCAGUGCCCAAGGACAAGGGACAGGCAGGCGGACAGCAGGACGGGGUCGCGCGCAGGCUCUUCUCCUCCCUGAUCGAGGGCGAGAGGAACGUCCAUGUGGCGGUAGGCAGCUGGAGCAGGGAGAGUCGAGGGGAGAGCAGCAUCCCAAUGGACGUACAGGAGAGCGCAGAGACCAUCCACCACAACCUGACGCUUCCGUCAUGGCCCAAGGAGGAGUGGACGGGGCCGACGAAUGAGGUGGGGAUGAAGGUGGGGAGGGAAGGGAGGAGCAGCAGGGAACGGGCAGGGAACGGAUUUUCUCGCUCCUCCUCCUCGCCGUCGGAAGUUUCCUUCCUGGACGAGAUCAAGAGUUUUCUGGACCGCUACAGGAGCGACUCGCAGGAGGAAAGGCAACUUUACAGCUCGCACGACUCCCCCCGCUUUCUCCCCGCUGCCAACGUGGUCGGGACUUCAUCGCUCCCAUCAGAGGGGGAGGAGGAGCUGGAGCUGGACGUGGACGGGCUGAUCUUGGCGGAUCUCUCAAUCUCCCAGGACGCAAGCCUCCGCCUGGUCACCGAGCAGCCAGCAGCAAGUGCUUUCUCCCCUCCUGCCUCCUCCUCAGCCGCAGGCGCUGGCAGACAGCCCGAGCCUCACAUGGUCGAAGCAGAAGACGGCAGGGCCGAACCUCCCCCGCGCCCCCCGCGCCCCUCCCGCAGCAGAUGCUGCUUGGUCGACGCCCCGGCACCAGACCCGGACAAACAGGAGAGCACCGUCAUGGUUUGA